CCGCGCAGUGGCCUCCCGUGGCUGCGCGUGCCUUUCCCCACCGCCAGCCCUGCGCUGCGGAGACCCAGCCCCGCUGCCUGCGGAGAUCCCGCCCCGGUGACUUGUGCUGUCUGGCUCGUCGCAGGGGCCAAGCUGGUGGCGCUGUCCCAGCGCGAUGCGCUGAGGACGCACAGGGCCAGGCUGCCGGCUCCUUGUCGGCGCCCAGAGCAGACCCCAUGGAACCCGUGGGUACCGGGAGGAGCCUACGGGCGUCGCUUCCUCGGCUGAUGUCGCUGCUGCUGCUGCUGCUGCUCCUGCAGGUGGCGGGGCCGGCAGGCACCCUGGCGGAGACUCUGCUGGACGCGCCAAGGGCCGGGGGCACCAGCUCCAACCCACCCAGCCCCGCAAGCGUGGUGGCCCCGGGAACUACGCCGUUCGAGGAAAGUCGGCUGCCUGUAUUCACCCUGGACUACCCUCACGUGCAAAUCCCCUUUGAGAUCACGCUGUGGAUCCUCCUGGCUUCUCUGGCCAAGAUUGGCUUUCAUCUCUACCACAAGUUGCCCACAAUCGUGCCUGAGAGCUGCCUUCUUAUAAUGGUUGGACUCCUACUGGGUGGGAUUAUUUUUGGUGUUGAUGAAAAAUCUCCCCCGGCAAUGAAGACUGAUGUGUUUUUCUUAUAUCUUCUGCCACCCAUCGUGCUUGAUGCUGGCUAUUUCAUGCCCACUCGCCCCUUCUUUGAGAACAUUGGCACUAUUUUCUGGUAUGCGGUGGUAGGGACCCUUUGGAAUUCCAUUGGCAUUGGGGUGUCUUUGUUUGGCAUCUGCCAGAUUGAAGCGUUUGGCCUCAGUGACAUCACUCUGCUCCAGAACCUACUUUUUGGCAGCUUGAUCUCAGCUGUGGAUCCCGUGGCUGUCCUCGCUGUCUUUGAGAACAUCCAUGUCAACGAACAGCUCUAUAUCCUGGUCUUUGGCGAGUCUCUGCUGAAUGAUGCAGUCACCGUGGUCCUGUACAACCUUUUCAAGUCAUUUUGCCAGAUGAAAACCAUUGAGACCAUUGACGUGUUUGCAGGAAUUGCUAACUUCUUUGUGGUAGGAAUUGGUGGAGUGCUCAUCGGCAUCUUCCUGGGAUUUAUAGCAGCAUUUACCACUCGAUUCACUCAUAAUAUCAGAGUUAUCGAACCACUCUUUGUCUUCCUGUACAGCUACUUAUCCUACAUAACAGCUGAGAUGUUUCAUCUGUCAGGCAUCAUGGCAAUCACAGCUUGUGCCAUGACUAUGAAUAAAUAUGUAGAAGAAAAUGUAUCUCAGAAGUCCUACACGACCAUCAAGUACUUCAUGAAGAUGCUGAGCAGUGUCAGUGAGACCUUGAUCUUCAUCUUCAUGGGUGUGUCCACUGUGGGGAAGAACCAUGAAUGGAACUGGGCCUUUGUCUGUUUCACAUUGGCUUUCUGUCUCAUCUGGAGAGCACUGGGUGUCUUUGUCCUGACUCAGGUUAUUAACUGGUUCCGGACCAUUCCCUUGACCUUCAAAGACCAGUUCAUCAUUGCCUAUGGAGGACUCCGGGGUGCCAUCUGUUUCUCCCUAGUGUUUCUCCUUCCUGCCACUGUGUUUCCUCGGAAGAAGCUGUUCAUUACGGCUGCCAUUGUUGUCAUAUUCUUCACUGUCUUCAUCCUGGGAAUAACCAUCCGACCACUGGUAGAGUUUCUUGAUGUUAAGAGAUCCAAUAAGAAGCAGCAAGCUGUCAGUGAAGAAAUCCACUGUCGGUUUUUUGAUCACGUGAAGACUGGGAUUGAAGAUGUUUGUGGACAUUGGGGUCACAACUUUUGGAGAGACAAGUUUAAGAAGUUUGAUGACAGAUAUCUUCGGAAGCUUUUGAUUCGGGAAAACCAACCUAAGUCCAGCAUUGUGUCCUUAUAUAAGAAGCUUGAAAUAAAACAUGCCAUUGAGAUGGCGGAGACAGGGAUGAUAAGUACUGUCCCUUCUUUUGCAUCUCUGAAUGAUUGCCGGGAAGAAAAAAUAAGAAAGCUCACACCUGUUGAAAUGGAUGAAAUUCGAGAAAUCUUAUCAAGGAAUCUAUAUCAAAUCCGCCAGCGCACUUUGUCAUAUAACAGACACAAUCUGACCACUGAUACAAGUGAGCGGCAAGCCAAGGAGAUUCUGAUCCGUCGCCGGCACAGCUUGAGAGAAAGCAUCAGGAAAGAGAACAGCUUGAAUCGCGAUCGCAGGGCUUCUACUUCAACCUCCCGAUAUUUAUCUUUACCUAAAAACACAAAGCUUCCAGAAAAGCUACAAAAGAAAAAGAUUAUUUCCAAUGCAGAUGGAAACAGCAGUGACUCAGACCCAGACUCCGGGACCACUGUGCUCAAUUUACAACCUCGGGGCAGGCGCUUUUUACCAGAACAGUUCUCCAAGAAAGCACCCCAGUCCUAUAAAAUGGAAUGGAAGAAUGAGGUGGACGUGGAUUCUGGCCGAGGAGGGCAGCCCAGCAUCCCCCCAGCACCCCGUAGCAAAGAAGGGGGCACGCAGACGCCAGGGGUCCUGCGGGAGCCCCUUCUCUCCAAAGACCGGUUUGGUCGGGGGAGGGAAGAUAGUUUGACUGAAGAUGUACCACCCAAGCCCCCACCUAGGCUGGUCCGGAGGGCAUCAGAGCCUGGAAACAGGAAAGGCCGAUUUGGGGGUGAGAAGCCUUAAUGGAAAAGACCAAAAGCAGACUCAGGGUGACUGACACAGCAGCCACUUUGGUCGGGCACUUUAGAACCUGAUGUCACGGUGAACUCCACUUAAAACCCUAUCUAAAUACUUUCAUUGGGGGAAGUAAAGCCAAGCCAUUGAAUCACGGGAUGAAUGUGGAUCCCACGAAGAGGAAAAUCAAAAAGGAAAUCCUACAAACAUGUCUUUUGUUUCUCUUUCCUAGCAAUUGUAUUCUUUGCAGGCUUGAAGAAAAAAAAAAAAGUGUGCCUUUAAUGAACUUGAAUGACAGAACUUGAAAUUUUUAAAGACAACUUUGUUGGUGAAAAUUUUAAUAUAUUACCUGGAUGCCUCAAAUUUUAUUUAUGAAAAAAAUUGUGUAUCUCUUUACUGUUCAGUUUUUAAGUGGAUGGGAUUAAGAGUACUGAGAACAUCUUUCCAAGGGGUAAAGUUCAAGUUCUAACAUGUAGAUCCUAAACUAAGGGUUGGGUUCUUUGUCCUGACUGGAUUGACCAGUUGGUAAAGGGAAAACAACUUCAAAUAGAGUGAUCCUCUUACACAUAGUAGGAACCCAGUAAGAAUGGCCACAAGCAGAGGAACAGGACUGACCCCAGAACAUAGACUAGAAGUGCCUUUAUGAAAUAACAGGGGAGUUGAUUAUUUGGUCCUUAAUUUGAGGAUGACAGAUUAGCCCCAUUUCCCCUUCUUUAUAGAUAGUGCAAACAAAAAGGCAGUCCAGGGCUGCUUUUUCAAGUCCCACCCAUAAGGCCUUUGUGGCCAAUGAGGACAGAGGCCAGCACCUGCUUCUACUUGUUGGAGAUUUUCUACUGUGCAAUACUGAGAGAAAGGGGCAGGCCAUGCCCAUCUAUGGCCACCUGUUUUAAUAGAACUCUUUAUCUGUAAAACAUUCUAGAACUUUUUUGUCCAAGCAGAGGUCCCAAAAGCAGACCCACAAUAGUUUAUAUAAACAGUAUUAAAAAUAAAGUUGGUGAGAUUUCAGCCUUGGACUUUUGCUCAGGAAGCACUUUGGAGAAUGUGGGAGUACUGUAUUUUGCACUAAUCAGUAAUGUAGUGAUUCAAAUUCACCCUCUAAAAUCAGGUUCUAUUUAUGGGAUUACCUUUCAGCAGUAUAGCAGAAAGAAAAGAAGUGGGACAUAAUUAUUAAAGAUUCAUAUUUAAAUCUGUCUCUUAAAUUGUAGAUUUUAUUGACUUUUUUUCUGAAUAUUCCCUCUUGAAAACUUGAUGGAACAAGAUUCUGUAUUUUUGGAUUUAGAGUUAGUGGUUCACUGGUUUCAGCUUGGAAAUGUUUCGCCAUCAGCAAAGGUUCAAAGUGGUAUUGCUGAGGAAAACACGUAUAAAUUAGGCAAAAGACAGUCCUCAACCAGUCCACCAGCACAUCCUCCAGUCCCAUCAAUCUCCUUUCUUUUUCUAAUAUUCUAGUGUCUUGGAAUACUUCCUCACAGCCUUGUUAAGGAAGAAUGGACAAGAUACAAGUUCAUACAGAUAGUUCAUUUCCUGGCAAUCCUUGAUGGAUGGAAAGUAGUGUACAACACAAUUGGAAAACUACAAGUUCUGUGCCAAAAACUUCAAUUUAAAUGGAAACAUAUAUAUAUAUAUAUAUAUAUGCAUAUACAUAUAUAAAAUAAAAGUGAUGUAGACAUUUAUCAUAGAAAUAUAAUUCAUCCAACAGAUGUGAUCUGAAGGUUGAAGAAUGUCAUUAGGAUGUAUUUAUUUAUGGCACCUGAAAAGGAAGUCUAAUUAACUUAAAAAUAAAUCUCUUGGGUUUCUAUAUUAAUAAAUAUUGGGCCUGAAGGAGAAAACCAGGAAAUUUUAGUAGAAUUUCUUGCUAAGCAGGUUACAACAAAUUGUACUUUCCCUUAAGUGAAAAGUCACAUAGAAAAUUUGAAGGAUGUAUAAAUUUCUGAAAAGGAAAACCUAAGUCAACUUAUUAUCAACCCUAAGAUUUCUUACUUUUUUGGAAGCAACAGUAAUGAAAAUAAAUUUGAAUUUAGCCUCUUCUUCUCUAUACUUCCUUAUUUUGGUAAUUAUUAAGUUCUAGUUACUAAGGAAAAAAAACACAUUAGAGGUGAAACUUGCCAAUACAAUUACAUAAGAAAAUUCUGUAAUUUAGAAAGAGGCCUAGUCUUUUGUCAAUGACUAAUUUCAUUCAUU